AUGAUGGUGCUGGACCUCCGCGCCCUGCGGUGCCUGUACGGGCAGUCCUACGACACGGAGCUGGCCCUCUUCCUCCGCCUGCACGUCAAGCUCACCAUGCCGCUGAGCCCGAUGCCGAAUGUGUCGCUGACGAUCUUCUGCAUGACCCACGCCACGUUCCUGGAGCUGCCCUUGGCCGUUGUCCCUGUGGCGAUGCCGCGCCUGAAGCACUACGCAAUAGUGCUGGACCGCUUCCACAACACGUUCUUCAACAUGGAGCUGGGCCUCUUCCUCGGCGUGGCUCUGGCGCUCCUGGACCUGCAUUGCAUGCCACUGCCGCCGGUGGUGUCCGUCCUCGUGACGCUGGUGAUGCUCUCGAUGCUCUUCGGCCCUUUGUGCAUGCCGGUGCCGCUGGUAGCGCCCGUCUUCGUGAUGUGCCUGUCCUGCGUGCCGCUGCCGUUGGUGGCGCCCGUCCUCGCGAUGCUGGCGAUGCCCUCGCUGCUCUCCGCCCCCUUGUCCGCGAAUGGCAUCACGGCGCAAGACGCUACUCCAGAACAGGCCGUUCAUCGGCUGCUUCGACGCGUGGUUCGACCUUGUGUUCGACGCCCCCUUGUCCUCGGAGUGCGACCAGGCCGUCGAGGAUACCGCUGCACAUGA